CUCUACUCCUACAACAGCAGCACAGGCAGAAGCAGGAGCAACAGAUAAGUGUUUUGAUGAAUUGCAAGAUGGACAGGGCUUGCAGUGCCCCCAGCCCUGCUGAUACCAAAUGCCUUUAAGAUACAGCCUUUCCCAUCCUAAUCUACAAAGGAAACAGGAAAAAGGAACUUAAAACUCCCUGUGCUCAGACAGAAAUGAGACUGUUACAGCCUGCUUCUGUGCUGUUCCUUCUUGCCUCGAACUUGUAAACAAGAGCUAGCAGAACAUGCAAGUGGAAAGUCACAAAGCUCUGGGUUUUUGAAAGGAUCCUUGGGACCUCAUGCACAUCUGUGGACGCUGGAUGGAGAGAUUUGGGAAAGCAUGGACUCUUUAGCCGGCCUCGUGCUCUAUGGAGUCAGCCUGCUCCUUUCUGGAACAGUGGAAGGUGCCAUGGACUUGAUCUUGAUUAAUUCCCUACCUCUUGUAUCUGAUGCUGAAACAUCCCUCACCUGCAUCGCCUCUGGAUGGCAUCCCCAUGAGCCCAUCACCAUAGGGAGAGACUUUGAAGCCUUAAUGAACCAGCACCAAGAUCCACUGGAAGUUACCCAAGAUGUGACCAGAGAAUGGGCUAAAAAAGUCGUGUGGAAGAGAGAAAAGGCUAGUAAAAUCAAUGGCGCCUAUUUCUGUGAAGGGCGAGUUCGAGGACGGGCAAUAAGGAUACGGACCAUGAAGAUGCGUCAACAAGCUUCCUUCCUACCAGCUACGUUGACUAUGACUGUGGACAGGGGAGAUAAUGUGACUAUAUCUUUCAGAAAGGUGUUAAUUAAGGAAGAAGAUGCAGUGAUUUACAAAAAUGGUUCCUUUAUCCACUCUGUGCCUCGGCACGAAGUACCUGAUAUUUUAGAAGUGAACCUGCAUCGUGCUGAGCCCCAGGAUGCUGGAGUGUACUCCGCCAGGUACAUAGGAGGAAACCUCUUCACAUCGGCCUUCACCAGGCUGAUAGUCCGGAGAUGCAAAGCUCAGAAGUGGGGACCUGAAUGUCAGCGUGUCUGUACGGCUUGUAUGAACCAUGGUGUCUGCCAUGAAGAUACUGGGGAAUGCAUUUGCCCUCCUGGAUUUAUGGGAAGGACAUGUGAGAAGGCUUGUGAACUACACACAUUCGGCAGAACUUGUCAAGAAAAGUGUAGUGGACCAGAGGGAUGCAAGUCCUAUGUGUUCUGUCUCCCAGACCCUUAUGGCUGUUCCUGUGCCACAGGCUGGAAGGGUCUGCAGUGCAAUGAAGCAUGCCUCCCUGGUUAUUAUGGGCCAGAUUGUAAACUGAGGUGCAGCUGCACUAAUGGGGAGACGUGCGACCGGUUCCAAGGGUGUCUCUGCUCUCCAGGAUGGCAAGGGCUCCAGUGUGAGAGAGAAGGCAUGCCAAGGAUGACUCCAAAGAUAGAGGAUUUGCCAGAUCAUAUAGAAGUAAACAGUGGUAAAUUUAAUCCCAUUUGCAAAGCCUCUGGCCAGCCACUACCUGCCAAUGAAGAAAUGACCCUGGUGAAGCCAGAUGGGACAGUGCUCCAACCAAAAGACUUUAACCACACAGAUCAUUUCUCAGUGGCCAUAUUCACCAUCCACCGGAUUCUCCCCCCUGACUCAGGGGUGUGGGUCUGCAGUGUGAACACAGUGGCUGGGAUGGUGGAAAAGCCUUUCAACAUUUCUGUUAAAGUUCUUCCAAAGCCCCUGAAUGCACCGAAUGUGAUUGACACUGGACAUAACUUUGCCAUCAUCAACAUCAGCUCUGAGCCUUACUUUGGGGAUGGGCCAAUCAAAUCCAAGAAACUUCUGUAUAAACCUGUUAAUCAUUAUGAGGCUUGGAGACACAUUCAAGUGACAAAUGAGAUUGUUACACUCAACUAUUUGGAACCUCGAACAGAGUACGAGCUCUGUGUGCAGCUGGUCCGUCGCGGAGAGGGCGGGGAAGGGCAUCCUGGACCCGUGAGACGGUUCACAACAGCUUCUAUCGGACUCCCUCCCCCACGAGGUCUCAGUCUUCUACCAAAAAGUCAGACCACGCUAAAUUUGACCUGGCAACCAAUAUUUCCAAGCUCAGAAGAUGACUUCUAUGUGGAAGUAGAGAGGAGGUCGGUGCAAAUAAAAAGUGAUCAGCAGAAUAUUAAAGUGCCAGGCAACUUGACCUCAGUGCUGCUCAACAACUUACACCCCAGAGAGCAGUACAUAGUCCGAGCCAGAGUCAACACCAAGGCCCAGGGGGAAUGGAGUGAAGAUCUCAUCGCGUGGACCCUCAGCGACAUUCUCCCGCCUCAACCAGAAAACAUCAAGAUCUCCAACAUCACAGAUUCCUCGGCUGUGGUUUCUUGGACAAUACUGGAUGGCUAUUCUAUUUCUUCCAUUAUCAUCCGUUACAAGGUUCAGGGCAAGAAUGAAGACCAGCACAUCGAUGUGAAGAUCAAGAAUGCCACCAUCACUCAGUAUCAGCUCAAGGGCCUGGAGCCUGAAACGGCAUACCAGGUGGACAUCUUUGCUGAGAACAACAUUGGGUCAAGCAACCCGUCCUUUUCCCAUGAGCUGAUGACCCUCCCAGAGUCUCAAGCCCCAGCAGACUUGGGCGGAGGGAAGAUGCUGCUGAUAGCCAUCCUUGGCUCCGCUGGAAUGACCUGCCUGACGGUGCUGUUGGCCUUUCUGAUCAUGUUGCAGCUGAAGAAGGCAAAUGUUCAAAGGAGAAUGGCCCAAGCCUUCCAAAACGUGCGGGAAGAACCAGCUGUGCAGUUCAACUCAGGAACUCUGGCUCUGAACAGGAAGGCCAAAAACAACCCGGAUCCCACAAUUUAUCCAGUGCUUGACUGGAAUGACAUCAAAUUUCAAGACGUGAUUGGGGAGGGCAACUUUGGCCAGGUCCUUAAGGCGCGCAUCAAGAAGGAUGGGUUACGGAUGGACGCUGCCAUCAAGAGAAUGAAAGAAUAUGCCUCCAAAGAUGACCACAGGGACUUUGCGGGAGAACUAGAGGUGCUUUGUAAACUUGGACAUCAUCCAAACAUCAUCAAUCUCUUGGGAGCAUGUGAACAUCGAGGCUACUUGUACCUGGCCAUCGAGUACGCCCCCCACGGAAACCUCCUGGACUUUCUGCGCAAGAGCCGCGUGCUGGAGACAGACCCUGCAUUCGCCAUCGCCAACAGCACCGCUUCCACGCUGUCUUCCCAGCAGCUGCUUCAUUUUGCUGCAGACGUGGCCCGGGGCAUGGACUACUUGAGCCAAAAGCAGUUUAUCCACAGAGAUCUGGCUGCCAGGAACAUUUUAGUAGGUGAAAACUACGUAGCCAAAAUAGCAGAUUUUGGAUUGUCCCGAGGUCAAGAAGUAUAUGUGAAAAAGACGAUGGGAAGGCUCCCAGUGCGCUGGAUGGCAAUCGAGUCCCUAAAUUACAGCGUGUACACAACCAACAGUGAUGUAUGGUCCUAUGGUGUGUUGCUAUGGGAGAUCGUGAGCUUAGGUGGCACCCCCUACUGUGGGAUGACUUGUGCAGAACUCUAUGAGAAGCUGCCCCAGGGUUACAGGCUGGAGAAGCCCCUGAACUGUGACGACGAGGUGUAUGAUCUAAUGAGACAAUGCUGGCGGGAGAAGCCCUACGAGAGGCCUUCAUUUGCCCAGAUAUUGGUGUCCUUAAACAGAAUGUUAGAAGAACGAAAGACCUACGUGAACACCACGCUUUAUGAGAAGUUUACCUAUGCGGGCAUCGACUGCUCUGCUGAGGAAGCAGCCUAGGACAGAACAUUUUCACCUGCGUGUCCUGUGUUCCCCUUCACUGGCAUGAGAGAUCCUUGAUGCAAGCUGAGAAAACAAGCAAGCCUCUGCCAAGAGAUGUGAUAUAGGAGUGUGUACAUAUAUUGCUGUACGUCUGGGACCUUCAACCCCAACCCCCCGAGUGGAUCUGUAGUAUACUCUGACUCCAGUAGGACUGUAUAUACUGUUUUAAGUAAGAAUGUGCUGAAAUCUGAGUGCCUGUGGUUAUGCAAUAAUAUAUUUUUCUAAAAACAUGGACUUCAUAGGAAGGUAUGAGACUACAAUUACUGUAAUACAUAAUUUGUUUAUUGUCCUAGAUAUUUUUUGAUAUUUGCCUUUAUAAUUGAAUGCUAUAAAAUAUUUAGCUGUGUAGAAGCAAAAUAUGGUUAAUAAACCUAGCAGUUACCCUGAGAGCACAGGUAAGAAAAGCGAGGAAGAUAUAUGAAUUCUAACAGAAUAUGGGUUAAUAUUUAAGAAUAUCUGUUACAUUCAAAUGAUGUGGAAGAUCUUUCUAUCAAUUUCACCCCUUACCUGAAGAAGCCAGUCCAAUUUCAUUUGAUCAUAUGACAGCUUUGUCUUCUGUUUCUACAGCCCCUAAGUCAGCAUUCUGAACUGACACCUAAAAAAUUUCUUAGACACCUAAGAACCUUCAGAAAAGUAUAAACAAGGUUAAUAGAUGAAUUAGUGGAAUUUACCUUUUGGUUUCUAUGGUAAUAUUGACUUGUGUAUUCCAAUAAAUAAAAUAGCCAGGAGAGAGAUUUGGGAGAUGUGUGACAUGUAUCAUAUUGAAUUAACAUUCCUACAUGUAUUGCACAUUGUAAAAAGUUUGUUUAGAUCAGUUGUGAGUUUACCAUUUAAGCUGUAAAAACAUGUUGCACCGAGAUCAUAUAAGUGAAUAAAUGUCUUGCCUA